UUUUAGAAAUAUUACAUAUAGAAUAUUAAAAAUAAUUCAGCUAAGUUUCCAUAACACUGCAACAAAUGCCAUUAAGCUAUCACUAUUACUAAACUAAAGCAGCUUUCGACCCACGUAAUUUGACGCCCACAGCGAAAGUUCAAGUUUCUCCGCCCACAAGAUGUUGGUGGAGAUUGUGUUGUUGUUUGUGUUGGUGUUGGUGUACGCGGUGCUGAGGGACAGGCGCCCCCGCAACUGCCCCCCUGGUCCCGUGGAAAUCCCUUUUUUCGGACGACUGCCGAUCCCCAACGCAGAAGUGGGCGAACAUCUACGCAAAAAAUACGGAGAUAUUAUGUCGUAUCGGACUGGCCCGACGCGGUCGGUGUUCCUGUUCGACUACAACACAGCCAGGGAGACCUUGGCAAAAAUGGAGUUCUCUAAUCGCCCAGACUUUAUAUCUGUCAUCAGCAUAGAUGAUCAAAAAAUUGGAGGCGUGGUUGGCAGCAACGGCGUACACUGGCAGCACGACCGCCGCUUUGUGUUGCGCAACCUCCGCAACCUCGGCAUGGGUAAAUGCUACCUGGAGGUAGCCAUCAACAUCGAAGCCAAGGCUCUGGUAGAAGACCUCAAGAAGUACGGCGGUGAAGCCAUCAACUACCCCGACAGCUUCAGGACUGUGGCGCUCAACAUCAUCUGGCAGAUGGUGGCCAGCACUCGGUACGACCUGCGUUCCGAAGAAGUUGAAACCAUUUACCGCCUGACCGAGAAACUUCGAAGAAUUCUAACUGGAUGGUCCAGUCUGCCAUUGUUCAUUCCUGCUCUCAAUAAAUUGCCAAGUUCUAUAAAAUCUGCAAUUUUUGGGGAUGACGUUUUUAGGAAUUUCGUGGAAGAAAUGAAGAACAUUGUGAGCGGAGUCGUAGACAAGCACCUGGAGGACUAUGACCCCGACAACCCCCGGGACCUCAUAGACGAGUACAUCAAAGAUAUGAAGGAGAGCGAAGGCGAAGACAACUCCCUCUUCAGGAGAGGAGCUUUGAACCAAAUCGUCAGCGACCUCUUCUUCGCGGGCUCAGACACGGUGUACAACAUGAUGAAGUGGGUGGUCUACCUGCUCGCCCGGUAUCCAGAGUACGCAACGAGGAUGCAGCAGCAAAUAGACGCCGUCGUGCCCAGGGACCGCAUGGUGUCGCUCGACGAUAAACCGAGCUUGCCAUUGGUUGAGGCAUUCACUGUUGAAGUUUUACGGUACUCCGCCAUGACGUUCUUCAACGUUCCGAGAGCAGCCGAUUCUGAUACGAUCAUCGAUGGUUUCUUCGUCGCCAAGGGCACCACAGUGGAAGUGGCCAUCUACUCCAUCCACCACGACCCGCGCUACUGGGACGACCCCCACAAGUUCUACCCUGAACGAUUCCUGGACAACAGCGCCACCAAGUACACGGCCCCCAAGCAGGGCUUCUUUGCCUUCGGUUCUGGUCGACGUCAGUGCGUGGGGGAGCUGCUGGCCCGCAUGGAGUUGUUCCUCUUCACCGCCGCCAUCAUCCAGCACUUCGAGGUGCGCCCCCCGCACGGCGUUGACAUCAGCAGAGAUAAAUACGUGACCACAGGAAAUUUUCGUUUGCCUCCAGACAAUAAGCUUAUUUAUAAACCCAGAAUCUGAUACACACUCUCCUCUGGUAACAAUGUCUAGUUCAUCCCCUAUCGUCGAUGAGUAUCACAAUAUCAAUUCUAUCUGAAUCAGUCUUGUAGUCAUAAUCAUGUUUGAGCAGAAAAAAUUGUUAAACAUGUCCAUUAUUUUAAGAAGAAAGAUUUGAAAUCAUAUAAUCUAUUGAUGCUCGUCAUUGAUCGCAGGUAAAAUGAAAUAAUUCCACACAGUUAUUCUCUAAGCAGUUUAUAUAGCAUUAGAGCAUAUUUAAAUGAAAUUUAUACUGAAAUGACCGCAAAAUAUGACCUUUUGGAGUUAUAAUUUAGUACAGCCUUAAUUGAUUGUUGGUAUUUAUUUAAUUACGGUCAUAAUUGAAAUUGGGAAGUACUUAAUUAUGUCUGCACCAUGUUUAAAUUAUAUAUGAUUCGUUUUUGUUCGCUCAAUCGUAGUUCAGAUACUGAAAACUCUGUAAGCUAUCUGCAAUAGACACAAGUUAUGAUUUUUUUUGCAGAAUUUUACGCAACAAAUCAGAAAAAAUAUUCAUCAUUUCUACUAUGAACUUUCAGUGGCAAAUUUAGCAAGGAGCCUUCAACGAAUGUAGACAAUGCCACAUAUUCUUUCUUUGGAGUGCUGUAUAUUCUUUUACCUUCUUUGUCUAUUGGGAAUUCUAUUCUCAGUAAUUUACAUAUUUUAUUAACUACUUCGCUUGACAUUGCUCAAGAAGUACAGAUACGUCAUCGCGUCAGUAGAGAAACAAAUUUAUACAAUGUAACUAGCCUUCAUAAUUUAUUAUUACAAGAAG